AUUUGAGUCUUGUGACAGUGCAGCAAGCAGGAAAAAAAACGUCGUUUGAGUUUGAUAAGGACUUUCCGUCGUUACCUAAUCCAGGUUACUGUCAUAAACGAGAGAAAUCAAGAAAAGUUCGCUAUGGCGCAUCUUUAGGACAUUUGACCGUCUUAAUAACAUUCCUGUCCCUCACACAGACGCUGUAAGAGCGGGUUGAAGUCGCAUGGGGAGAGCGGAGGAACUUUCAUCUCAUCUUUGUUUUGGUUUUUGCUUGUGUUAGUCCAGUGAUCAUCCACGUUAAAGCAGCUCGAGAAGAUUUCAUGGUAGUUUGGUGAAGUGGACAGGACGCCUCAGAACGAAUAUGGAUACUAAACCUCUUCUCCAGGACAGACCUCCAGCGUACAACACAGUCCCGGCCGCGUACGACUACGGCUCGAUCCCCGCGGCCGCUGCACCCGCCGCCGGCUUCCAGCCUCCAGCUCCGCCGCCAUACCAAGGUUUCCCAGCAGCACCUGUCGCCGUAGCCGCCCAGCCAGCCUACACCAGCACCUACACCCUCGUCCAGCCCUCUGUGGUGGUGGUGGGGGGAUGUCCGGCCUGCAGGGUCGGCGUGCUGGAGGAUGAUUUCACCUGUCUGGGAAUCAUGUGUGCCAUAAUCUUCUUUCCUCUGGGAAUUCUCUUCUGCCUGAUCCUGCGUCAGAGGAGAUGUCCAAACUGUGGAGCCACUUUCGGCUAGAGGGACCAAAACCCCGUUCACAUCUUUUAUAAUCAGUUUUUAGCAUCAGCAUAGUUUAUUCCUAAUCAACCGCACAUCAAUGCCAAACGUCGCUUGCGUUUAACUACGAUAAAUGACAGAUCACAAGAGCAACCAGCCACAAACUCUUUGAUUACUAUAAGAAGGUGCAUGUGACGGGCUGGCCAUGUUUUUAGUUUUUACAUGCCUCGCAAGCACUAUUUGCCAUUUUAUUUUUGUUCUUUAUAUAAAAUCUUAAAGCCAGUCUCCAGUCGUCUAAUCACUAGUGCCUUUAUGAUGCCAGAGAAAGCAUAAAGCCGGGACUCACUGAGGGGAAAUCCCACACGACUCUGGACAAACGCCGACUCACUUUGAGUAACAUUGUGUGUUGUGUAAAUGAAUCAUUUGAUUCGCUCCCCUCAUGUAUUUUCACUUCCGUCACACGUUUGCUCUCGUGUCUAGAAAUAAGCAUCACUGUCGUUUCUUUUUUGUUGACCAUAAUAUGCUCCCUAAUCAGUCACAUCUUAGUUAAGAUCAA